ACAACAUUUACAAAAGUUUAGACGUCUCCUGCGCGAAUCAAAACCAAUCGCAAUCGACUUUUCGGCCAAAAUCCAUCAUCUUGCGCCAGGACUUUCUUGAUCACAUUAUAAACUAAGUUAAUUUAAUCGCCAUGGCGUCCAACAAACUUUCAAUGAUUGUACGCUCUUUCAGCAGCAGCAAUGUCGCCACUCAGAUGGUCAAGCCACCCAUUCAGGUGUUCGGCAUCGAGGGCCGUUAUGCCACGGCUCUCUACUCGGCCGCCAGCAAAGAAAAGAAGCUAGAUGCUGUUGAGAAGGAGUUGGUCAAAUUCCAGGCGUCUAUUAAAACUGACAUCAAGUUGCGUGAGUUCCUCGACAACCCGACUAUUAAGCGCAAUAUCAAAUCUGAGGCCCUCAAGAGUGUUGCGUCGAAGAUUUCGUUGACGCCACAAUCUUCCAACUUGCUUCAACUCUUGGCUGAAAACGGCCGUUUGAAGAAUGUUUCCGGUGUCAUCAAUGCGUUCAAAACAAUUAUGGCUGCACACAGAGGAGAAGUAACUUGUGAAGUGAUUACUGCCAAGGAACUGGAUUCCGCUCAGCGCCAGAAGUUGGAGGGUGUGUUGAAGUCAUUCCUUAAGGGCAACCAGACCAUUCAACUGACCUCCAAGGUAGACCCAACUAUCAUGGGUGGUAUGAUCGUGAGCAUCGGCGAUCGUUACGUUGACAUGAGCGUCGCCAGCAAGCUGAAGAAGUACACCGAAAUUAUCAACGCCAGCGUAUAAGCUCUUUAAGAAAAAUUGUGUAAUGUUGAUUAAAAAUGGUAAAUUAGAAACCAAUUACGUUUAUAAUGAUAUAGCAAAUGAUGUGUAAUAGAAAGUCGAAAAUGUGGAAUUCUAA